UUUUUUUAUAAUCUCAAUAAUGUCUACUCCUAAGCUUCCUUCCUUCUUCUGACAACCUUGAUGAAUCCUCAUCAGUUGGGUGUUUCUUCUUCUUCUCCAAUUGGACCGGCGUGACUUGAGUAGAGUAGCAUCCGACUACACCAACGCUAGAUCUUCAUCACGGCGUCCUUCCCUUGAGCAGAGCUGGUUGCUCACUCUCGCUUGGAGCUGCGCCGUCUCACAGCCAGCCGGCAGCCGCCCCCACCGAUCCUCCAGACCUCCACAAGUUCCAUUCAUCCCUUCAGUUCCAGUGGGCGGUAACCGGCCCUUGACGACGGCUUGACCCCAUCCGGAUCUGGGAAUGCAUGGUGAGGUUUGGAAGGGGAUUGAAGAGGAUUCAAAGGGAUUGAUGAUGGGGCAAAUCCGCCCUUAUUAAGCAGUGCCAACGGAUGCUCGCAGUUGCAGGACACACUGAGAGAUUCUAAGUGCCGGAAGGGAAAUAACGAUGGAGAAAAUCAUGGUGAGUGCUGCUUGUGGGGUGAUGAAUUCCCUGCUGCGAAAGCUUGCCACUCUACUAGAGAAGGAAUACAUGCUACUCAAAGAUGUGAAGCACAACAUUAUCUUCUUAAGAGAUGAGCUUACUAGCAUGAACUUGCUCCUCUUGAAGCUGUCAGACAUAGAAGAUCUCGACAUGCAAGUGAAGGAAUGGAGGAAUAAGGUACGAGAGCUAGCCUAUGACAUUGAGGAUUGCAUUGACAAUUUUAUGGGUAAUGAUAGGCCCAACGCAAGCCUUGUUCGGAAGACAGUAGGCAAGAUAAAGAAGUUAUGGCUGCGACAUGAUGUUGGCAAACAGAUCCAGGAACUCAGAACCCGUGUUGUUGAGGAGAGCGCUCGCCGUUAUAGAUACAAGCUGGACGAUUCAACCUCUAGGCCUCCAGUGGUGGAAAUUGAUCAUCGCCUCAAGGCACUCUACGUUGAGACAAGCAAGCUUGAGGGCAUUGAGAGCCCAGUGGAACAAAUCAUACAGUGGCUUACAAGGAAUGGGAAACAAGAUCAAGAACUAAACAUAAUGGCCAUAGUGGGCUUCGGAGGUUUGGGCAAAACUACUCUUGCAAUGCAAGUAUACAGUAAACUCAAGGACAAAUUUGACUGCACCGCUUUUGUGUCUGUGUCAAGAGGUCCCAGCAUUAAGAAAAUUUUGAUAGACUUACUUAAAGAUGUGGGAGCCGCCAUUGACACUACAGAUGAUGAGAUGCGACUUAUCAACAAACUCAGAGAAUAUCUCAUGAAAAGGAGGUAUUUUGUAGUGAUUGAUGAUUUAUGGGAUGUGUCGGCGUGGAGCUUUAUCAAAUGUGCUUUCUAUCAGAAUAAUUGUGGGAGUCGAAUAAUCGUAACUACACGCAAAAUUGAUGUUGCUAAGGCAUGUUGCUUCUCCUCUGGUGAUCAUAUUUAUGAAAUGCAACCCCUUAGUGUUGCUGACUCAGAAAGAUUAUUUUUUAAGAGAAUUUUUGGUUCCGAAGAAAGAUGUCCUUCCCACCUAAAAGAAGCCUCCAUCAAAAUUCUAAGGAAGUGUGGUGGCCUACCAUUGGCUAUCAUUACUAUAUCAAGCUUGUUAGCUAGUAAAGAUCUGACAUUGGAUCAGUGGAACAGAGUGGCAAAUUCUAUUGGGUCUACACUUGAGAAUAAUCCAGACAUAGAGGUCAUGAGAAAAAUUCUAUCUAUCAGUUAUUUUGAUCUACCACAUUAUCUAAAAACUUGUCUUCUUUAUAUAAGUAUAUUCCCAGAAGAUCACACUAUAAAUAAAAAGAGUUUGAUAAUUAGAUGGAUUACUGAAGGAUUUGUACAAGAAGGAUAUGGGCAAAAUGCACAUGAUAUAGGCGAAACUUACUUUAAUGAGCUCAUCAACAGAAGACUAAUCCAGCCAUGGUACAUUGAUCAUGACAGUGGGAAUGUGGUGACUUGUCGAGUUCAUGACAUGAUCCUUGAUUUAAUCAUAACAAGGUCUGUAGAGGAGAACUUUGUUACUUUGUUAAACUCUCAAGAACUUACAUCAAGCUCACAAAAUAAGAUCCGAAGAUUAUCUAUCCAAUGUGGUGAUGGAGAACCACCAGCUUUGGUACUGGAAGGGUCACUAGUGUUAUCUCAUGUCAGAUCAGUGACUGUCUUUGGGCAUGUGAAGCAACUGCCAUCUCUUUCAGACAUGAAGGCUCUUCGCAUGCUGGACCUAGAAGGUUGUAAAGAAUUAGAAAAUCAUAACCUGGAAAACAUAGAGAGGCUAAUCCAACUGAAAUACUUGAACCUUAGAGAAACAGAAAUUACGGAGCUCCCAAAACAAGUUGUAAAACUCCAGUGUUUGGAUACAUUGGAUAUAAGAAACACUGGGGUGAGUGAGUUACCUUCGGCUAUUAUUCAACUCCGGCAAUUGGCUCGGCUCUUCAUUGAUCUUGACACCAGAUUGCCAAAUGGAAUCGGAAAAAUGCAAAAUUUGGAAGAGUUGACACAUGUCAAUGCAUGUAUGUACCAUAUGAAUUUCUUGAAAGAGCUGGCUUUGCUAAGUAAACUUAGAGAGUUGGAGAUAAGUUGGGAUCGUGAAGGAUGGGAUCGUGAUGGAACACAAGUUGAUAAAGUUUCUUAUGAGGGUAUUUUGAUACGUUCAUUUCACAUACUGGCCAGACACAACCUUCAUUCUCUUACUCUUCACAUCAUGGACGAACAGGGCUUCCAUCUCCAUACCUGGCAUCCUGCUCCUUGUGCAUUUCGAAGACUCCACUUCAACAUGAAGCUUGGAAAAAUUUCUGUAGUUCCACCCUGGAUGGGAUCACUUGUUAAUCUCAAAGAACUAAGCUUCCGCAUAAAUAGAAUGACUCAAGAUAGCCUUGAUAUCCUUGGAGAUAUCCCGGCUCUCCGCUCUCUUGCCUUGCACUUGGAAAAGCGCCCCAAAACUAAGUGGUGGGAAGAUCGUAGCCCCGAGGAUUGGCUUAGGACCCAAAAGGGAUUUGAAAGUUUGAAUGCCUUCCGCUUCAUAUGUGAUUAUUGGAUGGGACUCAUUUUUGAAGCUGGAUCUAUGCCAAAGCUUGAAAUACUUGAUAUUGAGGUUCCAUCUGCUGACUAUUUUGUAACUGAGAAACUUGGUUUUGAUUUUGGUGUUAAUAACCUCUACUGCCUCAACAAAGUUGCUUUUAGAUUUAGUCAUCGGGGAUGCAGUGAAGAACAUGAAGUUGCCAUCAGGAAAGCAAUCAGCAGACAUCGCAACAGGCCUGCACUGGAAAUAAUAAGAAAAAGAUUUUUUACGGGAUACGAUUGACAUUCUUCUCACAGUGAAUUACACUAAACAAACCUGCUGUUGAUUGUGCUUGUGCCAGCAAUAUUAGAAAUUAUAGUUUAUGUGGUUGUUGUAUUCAUGUAAUAUAAGCCGCAUCAGGCCACAUAUGUAUCACUAUUAGACUAUUACAGCUAACAAUGUUGCGUAUAUCAUUGCUAGCUUCUUUACAGCUGCUUUAACACUGCCAGUUCAUUAUUAUCGGUUUUUUAAAUCACCCGGAGUGAAAAUAUACUAUUAUCAGUAGCAGUUUUAAUUACAAACCCACGAUGAUAGUAGCACUUUGAAAUCUGCUCCAAAACUAGGUGGUGGGAAGAUCCUAGUCCUAGCCCCGAGGAUUGGCCUACACGGUGGCAGGAAGACCCUAGCCUCGAGGAUUUGCUUAUAGGAUCAGUAAAAGGUUUGAAAGUUUGAAUUCCUUCCGCUUGGAAUGUGACCCUUAGGUGUGGAUGUGCCUCAUAUUUGAUACUUGAUCUUGAGGUUCCAUAUGUGGACAGAUAUAUAAUUAAGAAACUUGGUUUUGAUUUUGGCAUCAAUAACAUCUCCUGCGUCACCAAAGUUACUUUGAGAUUUAGUAAUCAGGGAUGUAGUGAAGAAAAUGAAGUUGCCAUCAGGAAAGCAGUCAGCAGACAUUGCAACAGACCUGCACUGGAAAAUGGAAAUGAUAAGGAAAAAGGCUCGAAAUUGAAGAGGCCUGAGGAAAAUCUGUAUGGGCUGAUGAUAAAACUGAAAACUCUGCUGAACUUCCAGUAGGGAAAGGAACCACUGCAGUCAGUUGAUAAGAGGAUGGCUGUGUGAUCAUGGCCACAUGGAUUUGUGCUAUGCUGCUCCGUUUAGAUCCCCUCUCCAGAAUUUCACUGAUUCUGCCAAGGGAUUUCCUAGCACAAAUAAAUCCAAGGAACCCUUCCGCUUUUCAGGUUUCAAGAUGACACAUGGAUUUGUCAUUCCAAAAGCUCUGUUUGCAAGGAAAGAAUGUCUGAGCAGGCUUUACAUCUAUGUAAUAGUAUGCAUAUAUAUAAGCUCUUUUGUGCAUUUUGUUUUUUCUUGAAUUAAAUGGCUCCACAUAUAUCGAAGACGCUAAACACCAAUUGUUUCCAUAAAUAAAUUAAUUAAGCAUACUGAGACAUGGGAUGGACAGGGGAAGAAGCUACUGGGAAGACGCUGAACACCAAUUUUUGUUUUGGUGAAUUAUGCCCAGCCCUAGUAGCGGGUGCAAACCAUGUGAGCGCAAUAAUGAGUUGACAUCUCAUAGUUGGUGAUCACCAACAGACUUUCUUUCCAAAUUUUAGUUUUUUAGCGCAACUGUUGUUGUUUAUUAAUUAAAUAGAGUGGAUAUCCUUCAUGUAGAAUGUAGUGCUUUGCAAAAUGAAAAAAAAAUGGUUGUUGUUUUCUUUAA